AUGCGGCACGCUGUGGUUAAACAUCCGUUCGAAUGGGAUCGAAACCUUUUCACGCUGUUAAAGGCGAGGCGGCGACAGCAACGCGCCACAGUGGAGAAAAAAUGGCGCUGUGCUGGCAAUGCUGAGGACUUGGAGCAACUGGAUACGUUUCAUCGUGCCAUACGGCCAUACUUGUGCCUGGCCCAGGUGUUCGGCAUGAUGCCACUUACGAAUGUGCUAAGUCGUAGUCCUCACCUGGUUAAAUUUCAACUGCGUUCUUGUGGCACCUGCUUUUCACUGAUAUUUCUUCUGUUAGGUGGCCUAAAAACUAUGCGUCUGGCAACGAAGCUUUUCCAAGGCGGCCUGAAUGCCAAAAGUAUGAUUAGCGUCGUGCUCUUUACGAGCGGAAUUGUAAUCUGUGUGAAUUUUAUUUCACUGGCGCGUGGCUGGUCUCGUUUGAUUGUGCCCUGGACUGGUAUAGAUAUCAUAAUGCUCUUUCCCCCAUAUGAAACAAUGAAAUAUAGUCUACGACGCAAGCUACUUAUCACUGGAUGCUCCAUGGGAUGUUUGACAUUGCUUGAGCAUUGGCUGUACUAUGCUUCAAGCUAUUCUAAUUUUCGAAUACAAAUAGUGCAUUGUCAGCCGAACAUAACUCAGAUACCCUUUAAAGGGUACAUGAUGAAGGAGUUCGCGGAUAUUUUUGAAAUGGUGCCCUACAACUCCAUCUUUAUAUUUUAUGCCUUUUUUUUGAAUGGCACCUUCACUUUCAUUUGCAACUUCAUGGAUACUUUCAUAAUUUUGAUAAGCGUUGGCCUAUCCCAACGGUUCCAACAGAUGGCCAAUCGCGUUUUGAAUGCAGUCAAGCGGUAUGUGCCUGAUGCCGAAUGGCAUGAAAUUCGCAUGCAUCACAUUCUCCUGUGUGAGCUCAUGGACCUGGUUGAGGUCAACAUGUCGAAUAUUGUUUUGAUUUCCUGCUUGAGCAACAUUUACUUUAUAUGCAAUAAGCUAUUGACCAUUUUUACAAAGCUUCAUUAUCCUAUCAACUACGCUUAUUUCUGGUACAGUUUGCUCUAUUUGCUGGGCCGCACCUGCGCCGUUUUUAUGUGUGCCUCCAAAAUUCACGAGGCCUCGCUGCUGCCUCUUAGGGCCCUUUCCACGGUGCCCAGUAAUUGCUGGACCGAGGAGGUGCAGCGGUUCAACCACCAACUGGGCAGCCAGUACAUUGGACUCUCCGGCUUGGGCCUAUUUCAUCUGACACGCAGGAGUUUCUUCGGAAUGAUCACGACGUUGGUUUACUAUGAGUUUAUGCUAUUGCAAUUGGAUGCCAAGAGCAACAAGGAUGAUCUUGCCAAUAGCUGUGUAUGA